AGGAAGACUAAAAACAUCGUACUCUUUGGCGAGGCGGGUGCAGGCAAAAGCUCAGUCGUCAAUCUCAUGGCAGGAAAAGAGGUAGCUCUCACAUCUCUUGGCAUGAAACGCUGUACGCUGCACUGGCAAGACUAUGUCAUCGACUUCGAUGGAGAGUCUUAUAAGGUGUUCGAUACCAUUGGUAUCGAAGAAUCCGGACUUGAAAUGAAAGAGUAUCUUGCGGCAGUCGCAAACGCCUAUAGGUUCAUCAAGGCGUUGGAUGCGGAAGGCGGCGUUGACCUGCUUCUGUUCUGCGUUCGCGCAGGCCGAUUCACCGCUGCGCUUCAGAGCAAUUACAGAUUCUUUUAUGAAUUCCUCUGUGAGAAGAAGGUUCCCAUUGUCCUCGCAAUUACGAACCUCGAAAGAGAGCAGAGGAUGGAGGACUGGUGGGAGCGAGAACAUAGAGUCUUCGCUCGAUACCAAAUCCACGUUGCUGACCAUGCGGGGAACUUGAACAAUGUGUUCGUGUCGUUGGUGCGUGCGCUGAAAAAGCUUCUGGUAAAGAACUCGCAUAUUAGAAAGAUGAACCUUACCGGUCAACUCACGAAGCGUUGCGGUAUGCCUCGAGAAACUGCAGGACUGUUGGCCGAUAUGAUCGAGCAAGGGGAGGUCAGAGAAGAUACAGCUUGACUUGCGUUUUGUUUUGCUCUUUUGCUUGUAGACCAUUUUUGAAGGAUACAGAUCUAGGCGUUUCUUAUUCCCGCUCCCUUAUCACUGUACAGUAAAAUCGAUUAUCUCUCCCAAUUUGAAUAUGAACGUUGUUCGGGAUGGAGUACACUGUUUUGGGAAAUUCACGGCAUUCCAUCGCCUUCGAAGAGCUAGCGCUAGGGCUACUUAACGGUCGAAAUGUCAGAGAUUCAACCCAUGAU